UUGUGUCGUUUGUAGUCUGUUCUCAGUCUUUUCCUCAGUUUUUAGAAACAGUCUGAAGGGUCCCGGUUGAAUUCUGAUUUUACAGGCUCUGUUAAAGACAUUUGGACGAAAGGCUAACGUUAGCUGCAAAUGCUACCGACUGUGUCACAGUGUCACAGCUCAGUAUUUUGUCAACAAGACUUUAAAGUGAAUUGUUCGGCCUGAAACAGCUGGAUUGUAUGUCACUGUCAUCCCGACGGGGCGCUGAUACGUUGUUACUAGUUCACCUGAGCAAUGUCAGCCUCAAGGAAACUGGCAUCCUUCCGUUUGCCUCCCUUGCCUACUGUAGGCGAGCUGAUAAAGCUUUACAACCUGCGAGCUGAGAAACAGCUGUCCCAGAACUUUCUGCUGGACUUGAGGCUCACAGACAAAUUAGUGCGCCAGGCAGGCAGUUUGAGGGACGCCCAUGUGUGUGAGGUGGGUCCUGGUCCUGGGGGCCUGACCCGCUCCAUCCUCAAUGCUGGUGCGGCGGAUGUGCUUGUGGUGGAGAAAGAUUCACGCUUCAUCCCUGGGCUUAAGCUGUUGUCUGAGGCAGCGCCAGGGAAGCUAAGGAUUGUCCACGGGGACAUACUCAACUACAGAAUGGACCGAGGAUUCCCAAGAAAUAUCUCUAAGUCAUGGGAGGAAGAUCUGCCAAACCUUCACAUCAUAGGGAAUCUCCCGUUCAGUGUCGCAACCCCUCUUAUCAUCAAGUGGUUGGAGAACAUAGCGAACAGGACGGGACCUUUUGUCUACGGACGCACCCGGCUCACACUCACUUUCCAGAAAGAGGUGGCAGAGAGGUUGACGGCCAGCACAGGCAGCAGACAGAGGAGCCGUCUGUCUGUCAUGGCUCAGUAUCUCUGCACUGUCCGCAACUGCUUCACCAUCCCUGGACGGGCCUUCGUUCCCAAACCAGAGGUGGACGUGGGAGUAGUUCACUUCACCCCUCUGGUUCAGCCCCAGAUCCAGCAGCCCUUCAAGCUGGUGGAGAAAGUUGUCAGAAACAUAUUCCAGUUCCGCAGGAAAUUCUGCCAUAAAGGAGUAGAAAAGUUGUUCCCGGAGGCGUGUCGUAUGGAGCUGACACAGGAGAUGAUGCAGAAGGCAGAUGUGGACCCCACCGUGCGCCCCACAGAGCUCACCAUACCCCAGGUCAGGGCUUUAGUGGAUGCCUACGCUUACCUCUCCGCCCAUGACCCCCAUCUCUUGAACUACGAGUACAGAGAGGAGCUCAGACUGAAGCACCUCGCCAGGCAAAAAAAGGUACCAGUGGACACAUUUAUGGACAUGUCAACUAGCACACCACCAAGCCCUCUGUAACACUGCUGAAAAAAAAGAAAGACACCAAGAGAAGCCCACUAAUAGGUUCUGUUAGCACCCGGUGACAACAGACUGCUCUUAGCCAUGACAUUUCCACCUGGCAUAAGCAUGCAUUUUUAAAACGUUUUUCCCUGCGCCCAGGGAGCAAUAGCUACCUAUCAAAUCCUGGGACAGAGACAAAGACCACAGGACACAAGAAGAUCCUGGGUGUGCUGCAGCAGCUCCAAAACCUUGUUCCAGGAUGGGACUCAGAACAGAGUCAUGUGUUUUUGACAGAAUAAAGAAAGCAUGCUAAAUCACCCACAAUAGCUCUUUAAGAAUGAAUAUCUCCUUAUGUCCCAAUUCUUACUUCAGAUCCAACUCACAUAACAACUCGUCCUGUGGGACCUGAAAGAAAAGCCAGAGUGUUUUCUGGGUGAUUUAGAGAAGGAGAACAACAUGGCAGCACCAUAUCCAGGCCAUUUUUUUCCCUUUCCCUGUGUACUGUAUUGCUUAGUCACUUGGGAGACAGAGCUUAAAGGGAGGAGGAAAGUGCUGGGAAUUUGUCAGCUCAAGUUAAAAGAAGAGGACUUCUAUUAAAAGAAUUUGUGUUUAAAAGCCUGGCCAUCUUGUUUUGUAUGUUUAUGUUUGAGUAAGAUUAUGUAAGUUUGUCUGCUAGUGGACAUGUUCAUCUAAACCCUCAGAAUUUAUUAUUUGUCUUAUCUCCCAGUUCGAAAGCCAAAAUGUUUUGGAUUCUAACCUUCGACUUAAAAAGUCAAAUGAUCAUUUGAUGGGUAUUAAUGGAGGUGUCAUACACAUAAUACAGCAAAUGACAUGUAUCUUGAAUAAAUCUGAUAAAAAUAAUA